ACAUUCACAAUGCGGAUUGCGGCACAAACUGCCUAUCGCUCGGAGUCAAAUUGCAAGCGUGACACGCUAUGGUUUUUCUUUAUCUGGCAGUGCAUACACGCCGUACUUUACACUCGGACAGACACACACAAUCCAAUACAGUAGAUCUGUGUCUGUGUAUCGCAUCAGCUCAGAUUAUAUACAAAAUAAAGAUAUAUGGUACGGGCGAGUGUGUAUGCCUGAAAUAUGUAUGUGUGUGCAUUGUAUACAGCGGAGCGCUAGCAAAGAUUUCUUUGUGUAAAAUUUGCACGCAAAGUCAAUAGAGAGUAAUUUUCACGGCGUCUCGAUCUGACCGACCGUUCGGAUAGAUCCGAAGAAAGACAUUAGAUUUUUCCCAAGCAGUCGUACAUUGCAUUUUGAUCAUUGUUUUGUUUCUGAACGUGGGAUGAUGAUGUCUUCUUCACGGUCCUCUCGCGCAGAGACCCGGAGCCGCGCCAAAGAUGAAAUCAAAAGGGUAAUGCAAGCAAUUGAUAGAGUUAGAAAAUGGGAAAAGAAAUGGGUGACCAUUGGCGACACAACUCUGAAGAUCUUUAAGUGGGUUCCUAUUGCGGAGGUGAAGAAGAAAGAGGACCAGAAUGGUCAAGAUGACAAGACGAGUGAGACCAGUAGCCAGGGUGAUGCCAAAAGCAUCAAUGGUGAACAGGAAAAAGAAAACAGAUAUGAUAACAAUUCACAGCAGACAACUCCAGUCAAACUUAGAGACAUCCCUAAUCUAGAAGAUUCCAACUCAAGACUAACGCCCUCAUCAGCCUUGAGUUACGAUGAAUCAACGAUGGAUUCGAUGAUGAGUAGCGAUCUAGAUGAGAGUAGUAAUCAAGGACCACCUGCAGAAGAUGGUGAGAAGAGCCGAUUAGCAUCCAAUGAGAAUAGGAUUCAACCGCCAGAUGUCCAGCCAACUAUAGAAAAACAAACUGAUAUACAAGACUCACCAUCGAAAAAUGAAGAACCCCCUCUCUUGACAGCAGAAGAGCCAGUUUCCAAACAGAAUAUCAGACCGCAUUCUGCUAUGGACGAUGUAGAUGAACCCCCUUCCAAGCAGCCUCGUUUAGAAUCCCAAAUCGGCAAUGAUAGUUGAUGCAACUAAAGCGUGCAUGUUGAUACCAUGCUACUUCUGGAUAUUAAAGGUAUACAUCAUUGAUCUUUGAAAUGAAAUGAAUUUAGCAGGGCAGGACCUUGUCUGUGUCCGUAUAUAUUUAUGUGUACUGCACUUUGGUGCAAAACAUUUUAAAUUAUUGUGAAUAUUGAACUGUACAUAGGAAUGUGGGCAUUGGAGGUACAAGUACUUGUGGUUCUGUAUUGCCCUGGAGUAGGUAAACAGUCCCGAUUAUAAUCCACUAGAAGCACAACUGCAGAAUCUUGGUGAAUUGCCACUUGGACGACACCCACUUUACAUCUACUUUCUGUUUGGUCUAAUCCUAGUUUGUCUACAAACGGUCUAGCUAAGUGUACAGUCAUCAAGCUCAUUUACCAGUUUGUCAAAUCGCCAGUUAUGCUAACCCCAUUUUGGCUAACACCACUUGGUAUGAGAUUACAUGAAAUGUUUAUGAAUUAAAUUUGGCAAAGUGCAUAAUACUACUAGAAUGGAAAUUACAGUUGAUCAUUUUUGGCAUUAGACUGCACCUUGUACGUGAUUGUUAGACCAAGUUAUGGUUAGACCAAAUGGUAAGGAGACGAUGGUAAACGAAGUGGGUUUAGCUCGGAUGGUAUUAGACAAUCUGAAAAUUUAACCUCCUCCUUGUAAACCAAUUCUGUAACAACUAUAAUCUUUUCUUGUGCCAAGACGGAACGAAAACCAAGGAAACAAUGGAUUAUGGCCCUCAUCCAUGUAACUUGCUGCUUCUCAAGCAUUACUUUAUAUCAAGUCCUCUGUCAAUAAAGGGAAUUCGAUCACAGCGGAGAGAAAUCAUUGGCUCACAUACACAGAAGCCACCAUGCCAAAUUGCCAAUGCAAACUGCACUUCUCAUACAUGUACUGAAAUUGAACCUACUCAUUUAAUCAUGAGGGGGGUUUAAAAAAAUGGUCCAAAUCUACCUGUCUGCAUACCAGUAUAUUACUUGUAUAUUGUAUGCAGUUCACUGAAUACUUACCUAUUUCAUCAAAUAUAGCUCAUUUGAAUGAGUGGAGGCUAUAGAAUGCAUCCAUGCUGUGUGGACCUACAGUAUUAGAGUAAUGAUAUGGCACUUACUGGCUUAAAAAAUCUUUGCUAUGAGAUACACAGAUUUUCCUCUGUAAAAAAGAAGUGAUAUAGAUACUGUUUAUACACUGUCUACAAGAUGAGCUAUAGGUGGCGCUGUGCAAUAAAUAAAGAAGCAAAGACAGAAGUAUAUCAGUCGAAAAAUCCUCAAAGAGAUAUCUAUCAGAGAGAGAGAGGCAUCAACUAUUCAUUAGGUGAUACAAUUAAGUGUACAUUAAGUGUACAACAAAUCAAAUUGAAGAAAAUUGCAAUUAAUCAAUUCUGCUUUAUACGUAUUAAAGAUAUAUAUAUUUUCCAUUCUAAUAUGAAAAAAUAUUUUUAUAAGAAACAGUGCUCCUCACAAUGAAUGAAUUUUCAUUAAACAUGCUCUUGAUAAAUUUUUGCAAGUUAUUUCCUCAAAGUACAAACAAAUUAUCUGUAAAGUGUGGUCAAAAAUUAAUUUUAGUCAAGCUUUUUCAUUACAUGUAACUAUUAACAUGCCAGAGAAAUUGCAGCAUAAAUAGUUCUUACGUACAUGUAUUUAUACCUAUUUAUAUACGUUAUAUAUAUUUAUGCAGUAUUAUUUGGUCCCAUAGUAUCUCUGGCAUGUUGAUAGUGAUUGUAAAAAAAUAUUUUUAGACCUAAAUAUUAGCAAUGAUUUAUUAUACGGAAUACCCCUCAUGCUUUAAUUGGUGAACAAAGAGUGUGCCUUUAGUAUGGAAUAAUGAAAUAAUUAUUGUCCGACUGUGAAUUAUACACGGUGUUCAAGGGGUAUUCCACUUUAUAUAUUAAAGACAUAUUUGUAUGCAUGUAGAAAUUAAGCAUGUUAAACUGAAAAUUUUGUUGAAAUUGGAUGAAAAAUAAGUUAAAUUAUUUCAAAUUCCACAUUGUUGCUAAAAAUAGCACUUGAACAAGGCUGUGUCAAAUGAGUUUUUUACGUGAUGAUUGAUGUUGCAAUUUUACUUUCUUUUUUUUGUACCGUAAACAUGUAAGUUUUGAAUGUUACACUUAGCCCAUUAUUCAACUGAAUGAAAGUUGACUUGUGCAAGGGGAGCUUAUCAUGAAAGGACUUGUCAAUAUUUUAUCCGGCAAAGUUUGGUAAUUAUCCUACAGUUACAAUUCUAACAUUAUGCUUCUCGGCCGAUCGAAAUGAAGAAAAAUGUCAGAUCUGAAAUUUCGGGUGGAAAAAUGUUCAUGAAAUGCACUGUAUAUUCCCCUGUACUAAUUUCAUAGAAGCAAAUUCAAAAUUUGUUUUCACUUAUUAAUAGAGCUGUGUAAAGUGGUGGAAUUUUUCAGGGUGAUAUUAAGAAUGAAUUCAAAUAUAAUGAUGAUUAUCAUUAUGAACUUAUUUUAUGUUUUGAUUAUUAAUUAGCAGUUCAUCGUUAUCUUUUAAUUCCCUUCACUCGAACAGUAUUGUCACGACAAGUUAUGAAAUAUUCAGUGCUUGUACGUACAGCAUACACUUUUAUUUUUCUUUAGCAUAGUGAAUUUAUGCUAUUCAGAUUUGAAUUUAAUCCACCUUCAUUUGUACAUUGUGAGUUGUGUAUUUUUUUUCUUAUACAUGUAUAUGACUUAUUACUUUUAAUUUCAUUUCCAUCAUUAUGGUAGGAAUUUCAAUUUCAGAAUUUGCCAUUUCAGUUAUGAAUAUGUUAUUUUAAAUAAGUGGUUAUUGUAUUGUUUAUGUCUGUCAUUGUUAUUGAUAUGAUAAAUAUGUGAUACUCAAUGUUUUUUUAUCAA